AUGGCGCAUGUCUACGAGGUCGGAACGAGGGCCUGGCAGCCCGAUCCCACGGAGGGAUGGGUUGCAUCCGAGGUCAAGGAGAAACUGGUGGACGGAGACAAAGUACAACUGGUUUUCGAGCUGGAAAAUGGCGAGACAAAAACAGUCGACACAACACAGGCUGAACUGCAGCUCGACAACAACACGAACCUUCCUCCGCUGAUGAACCCGGCGAUGCUUGAAGCGAGUGAAGAUCUGACAAACCUAUCACACUUGAAUGAGCCUGCUGUCCUACAGGCAAUCAAGCUCCGGUAUGCACAGAAGGAAAUCUAUACAUACAGUGGUAUCGUUUUGAUUGCGACGAACCCGUUCGCUCGAGUGGAUUCGCUUUAUGUACCUCAGAUGGUGCAGGUGUAUGCCGGGAAACAACGUGCCUCGCAAGCACCUCAUCUGUUCGCUAUCGCCGAGGAGGCUUUUGCGGACAUGCUUCGCGAUGGAAAGAACCAAACGAUUGUGGUUUCCGGCGAGUCAGGUGCCGGUAAGACCGUCAGUGCCAAGUACAUUAUGCGUUACUUUGCGACUCGCGAGUCUGCCGAAAAACCUGGCAAAUAUACCACCAGCCGCGCUGAUGCCAUCAGUGAGACGGAAGAGCAGAUUCUGGCCACCAACCCGGUCAUGGAAGCGUUCGGUAAUGCGAAAACGACCCGUAACGACAACUCCUCUCGAUUCGGUAAAUACAUUGAGAUCAUGUUUGAUGAGAAGACGAACAUUAUCGGCGCGAAGAUCCGGACCUAUCUGCUGGAGAGAUCGCGGUUGGUUUUCCAGCCGUUGAAGGAGCGCAACUAUCACAUUUUCUAUCAACUCGUGGCAGGUGCCUCCGAUGAGGUGAAACAGGAGCUGGGUCUCUUGCCCGUGGAGGAAUUUGAGUAUCUCAACCAAGGUGGUACACCGGCCAUUGACGGUGUCGACGACAAGGCCGAAUUCGAAGCCACCAGGAAAUCUCUGACCACCAUUGGCGUUACGACAGAGAACCAAACCGAGAUUUUCCGCAUCCUGGCGGCUCUGUUGCAUCUGGGCAAUGUUAAAAUCACGGCCACCCGAACGGACUCAACGCUUUCACCAUCCGAGCCUUCUCUUGUGCGUGCUUGCGAGAUGCUUGGAAUCGAUGUCAAUGAGUUCGCCAAGUGGAUUGUUAAGAAGCAACUGAUUACUCGCGGUGAGAAGAUCACGUCCAAUCUCACACAACAACAGGCGCUUGUUGUCCGGGACUCCGUUGCCAAAUUCAUUUACUCCAGUCUCUUCGAUUGGCUGGUGGACAAGAUCAACCGCGGUCUUGCAACUGACGAGGUUCUCAACCGAGUUGUGACUUUCAUUGGCGUGUUGGAUAUUUAUGGUUUCGAGCACUUUGCGAAGAACUCCUUCGAACAGUUCUGUAUCAACUACGCCAACGAAAAGCUCCAGCAGGAGUUCAACCAGCACGUAUUCAAACUUGAACAGGAGGAGUACGUUCGGGAAGAGAUUGACUGGACAUUCAUUGAUUUCUCGGACAACCAGCCCUGUAUCAACCUGAUUGAAGCAAAGCUUGGUAUCCUGGCCCUUUUGGACGAAGAAUCCCGCCUUCCCAUGGGCUCUGAUGAGCAGUUUGUCACUAAGCUUCACCACAACUUUGCAGCCGACAAGGAAAAGUUCUACAAGAAGCCUCGAUUCGGCAAAUCUGCGUUCACUGUGUGCCAUUAUGCAGUUGACGUGACCUAUGAGUCUGAUGGUUUUAUCGAGAAAAACCGCGAUACCGUCCCUGAUGAGCACCUGGAAGUGCUGCGUAACUCAGCGAACGAGUUUAUCAAGGAGAUUAUAGACACAGCUUCCGCGGUCCGAGAGAAGGACUCAGCGUCUCAAUCUUCUAAGCCUGUUGCGGCCCCCGGCCGCCGCAUCGGUGUUGCAGUCAACCGAAAACCUACACUGGGUGGUAUUUUCAAGUCCUCGCUGAUUGAAUUGAUGAACACCAUCAACUCUACUGAAGUACACUACAUCCGUUGUAUCAAACCCAACGAGGCUAAAGAGGCCUGGAAGUUCGAAGGUCCCAUGGUCUUGAGUCAGCUGAGAGCCUGUGGUGUCUUGGAAACCGUCCGAAUUAGUACAGCUGGAUAUCCUACUCGCUGGACAUAUGAGGAGUUUGCCAUCCGCUACUACAUGCUUUGCCAUUCUUCACAGUGGACAUCUGAGAUUCGUGACAUGUGUCAUGCCAUUUUGCAAAAGGCACUCGGAGACUCUACCACUAAGAAGGAGGACAAGUACCAGUUGGGUCUGACCAAGAUUUUCUUCCGCGCAGGAAUGCUGGCUUUCCUGGAAAACCUGCGUACAUCCCGACUGAAUGAGUGUGCGAUCAUGAUCCAGAAGAAUUUGCGAUGCAAGUACUAUCGCCGCCGCUAUCUGGAGGCUCGCGAAUCCAUCCUCACCACCCAGGCCAUCAUUCGGGGAUUCCUGGCAAGACAGCGGGCCCAAGAAAUUCGCCAGACCAAGGCUGCGACCACGAUCCAGAGGGUCUGGCGUGGCUCCAAGGAUCGGAAGUGGUACAACGAGAUUCGGAACAAUUUCAUCCUGUUCCAGGCCGUCGCCAAAGGUUUCCUAUGCCGUCGCAACAUCAUGGACUCGAUCAACGGCAAUGCGGCCAAGGUUAUUCAACGCGCUUUCCGGUCUUGGCGCCAACUGCGUUCGUGGCGCCAGUAUCGUCGUAGGGUGGUUGUUGUCCAAGCCCUUUGGCGUGGUAAGCAGGCCAGAAAGGGCUACAAGACCCUGCGUGAGGAAUCCCGUGACCUUAAGCAGAUUUCCUACAAACUGGAAAACAAGGUUGUGGAAUUGACUCAAUACCUUCAAUCACUGAAGCUAGAGAACAAGUCUCUGGUCUCGCAGCUGGAGAACUACGAGACUCAGCUGAAAUCCUGGAGAAGCCGACACAACACCCUAGAGGCUCGCGCCAAGGAACUCCAAGCUGAAGCUAACCAGGCUGGUAUCACCGCUGCCCGCCUGGAAGUUGUCGAGGAGGAAAUGAGCAAGUUGCAGCAGAGCCAUACGGAAGCGCAGGCUACCAUUAAGCGUCUCCAAGAGGAGGAGAAGGCCUCUCAGGAGGCACUCCGUGCCACCACCGAGGAGCUCGAACGCCUCAAGCAACUCAACGGGGACAGCGAGCAAGAGAAGUCCGUUCUUCGCCAGCGCGUUUCUGAGUUGGAGGAAGAGCUGGAGGUUGCCAAGCGAUCGGUGCCGAUCAAUGGCAUCAAUGGCGAUGCGCCAAAUGGUGGUGCGGUCCCGGCUCCUGCCACUGGUUUGAUCAACCUGGUUUCGUCGAAGAAGCCCAAGCCGCAAAGACGGAGUGCUGGCGCAGAGAAGGUUGGUACGGACCGAUUCAGCGGAGCGUAUAACCCGCGACCUGUCUCGAUGGCCAUCCCUGGUCCUGGCGCAGCUCGCACCACUGCUGCUACCUCACCUGGUCUGGAUUCGGUUGAGGUGGAACUCGAGAACUUGCUGUCCGAGGAGGAUGAUCUGAACGAGGAGGUUACCAUGGGUCUGAUCCGCAACCUCAAGAUUCCUCUCCCCAGCUCGAACCCGCCCCCAACAGAGAAGGAGGUGCUUUUCCCUGCCUAUUUGAUCAACCUGGUUACUUCGGAAAUGUGGAACAACGGGUUCGUCAAGGAAUCUGAGCGCUUCCUUGCCAAUGUGAUGCAGUCCAUCCAGCAGGAAGUCAUGCAGCACGAUGGAGAUGAUGCGGUUAAUCCUGGUGCUUUCUGGCUCUCGAACGUCCACGAGAUGCUGUCCUUCGUCUUCCUGGCUGAAGACUGGUACGAAGCCCAGAAGACCGAUAACUACGAGUAUGAUCGUCUGCUGGAAAUUGUCAAGCAUGAUCUGGAAAGCUUGGAGUUCAACAUUUAUCACACCUGGAUGAAGGUGUUGAAGAAGAAGCUGUACAAGAUGAUUGUUCCAGCCAUCAUUGAGUCGCAGUCCCUCCCUGGCUUCGUUACCAGCGAGACAAACCGCUUCCUCGGCAAACUGCUGCCCUCGAACAGCAACCCCGCUUACAGCAUGGACAACCUUCUCAGUCUCCUCAACGGUGUUUACCGGGCCAUGAGGGCAUUCUAUCUGGAAGACACCAUCAUCACGCAGACCAUGACCGAGUUGUUGCGCCUGGUUGGCGUAACUGCGUUCAACGAUCUGCUUAUGCGUCGUAACUUCCUGUCAUGGAAGCGUGGUCUGCAGAUCAAUUACAACAUCACCCGCAUUGAGGAGUGGUGUAAGAGCCACGAUAUGCCACUGGGAACGUUGCAGCUGGAGCAUUUGAUGCAAGCCACCAAGCUUCUUCAGUUGAAGAAGGCCACCUUGAAUGACAUUGAGAUUAUCCAGGAUAUCUGCUGGAUGCUCUCUCCCAACCAGAUCCAGAAGCUGCUGAACCAGUAUCUCGUCGCGGAUUACGAACAGCCCAUUAAUGGCGAGAUCAUGAAGGCGGUUGCUUCCCGUGUCACAGAGAAGAGCGACGUGCUCCUGUUGACCCCCGUCGACAUGGAGGACAGUGGCCCGUACGAGAUUGCCGAGCCCAGAGUCAUCACGGCCCUGGAGACUUACACUCCAUCCUGGCUCCAAACACCGAGGUUGAAGCGACUGGCUGAAAUCGUCUCUGCACAAGCAAUGGCGCAGCAAGAGAAGCUGGAAAUAGAGAACGGAGUGCUCGAAGAUGAACAUCUCACCACGACUUACACCUGGAACUUCUGCGGGGGUCCACGACAAUGCCCACCCGAGUCGAGCGGUGUCGGCCGCGGGGGGGUCAUCGCCGACAGUGGAACCCACCUAACUCUUCACCCAUCCCCCUACGCAGACACAAAACAUAAGCACAAACUGCCCAUCAUGACCCUCACCAAGAUCAACUUCAUCACCGGAAACAAAAACAAGUUGACCGAAGUCCGUGCGAUCCUCGGCAGUGUGAUCGAAGUCGACAAUCAAGCCGUGGAGGUACCGGAAAUCCAAGGCACAAUUGAAGAAAUUGCCAAAGAGAAAGCACGACGGGCUGCUGAAGCAAUCAAUGGCCCAGCUUUGACUGAGGAUACGGCAUUGGAAUUCACUGCUCUCAAGGGAUUGCCGGGUCCGUACAUUAAAUCCUUCAUGGAGUCUCUUGGACACGAAGGACUGAAUAAGAUGCUUGAUGGCUUCGAUGACCGUGGUGCCGAAGCUGUUUGCACUUUCGCUUUCUGUCGUGGACCUGGCUCCGAGCCAAUUUUGUUCCAGGGCCGUACUGCAGGUUCAAUUGUUCGUCCUCGAGGCCCGACCAACUUCGGCUGGGAUCCUAUCUUCGAAUACGAAGGCCAGACAUACGCCGAAAUGGAGAAAGAGGCCAAGAACAAAAUCUCGCACCGGUACAAGGCUCUGAUCAAGUUCCAGCAGUGGUUGGCAGAGGGCCAGCAGUAA